CUCACCUCGGCUGCUGUCGUCGUCGUCACAGAGAGCAAAAAGAAAAAAAAAACUUUCGAUCGUACAUUAGAGCGAUUUUCGACGGUGAAAAUACAGAGGAUUUUCGCGUACAAAUUUCAGUCUUUCGGAAGAGAAAACGUGUUAAAUUACGAGAUUUGAGUUGCCUUCAAGCGUCGGUGAAGGAAUCCGCCCGGGAAACGCGUGGGAUCGUGCGAAAAACGGGAUUUUCCUCCUAACAAAGGUUCUUCCCUCGGGACAACACAUACUCGCCAUUGCCUUCGCAUAGACGUCGUAAGGAGGGGAAGAAAAGUGACAGUGCAGAAGAGCGAGAGUGUAGUGUGCGGGACACAAAGUCGCUCUGAUUAUUUUGCUUUUACUGCGAUUUCGAGACCCGCAGGAGGAGAAGCAGACACGGAAUCGGCCAAACGAGGUGUGGGAGAGGCCUGAGACAGUGAAGUGUGCAUCAUCAAUAGCUACGCAGGAAGCAAGACAAGGAAGCUGUUACGAGAGGAAACUAGUCCGGAACCGUCUCGGAUCGAAUAAUGGGUCUCCUGGGGAACUCCAAUUCGCUGGUGUCGGAUAUAGAGAAAGCCACCAGCGAAACCAACACACAGGAGAAAUGGGGUCUUAUAAUGGACGUUUGCGACAAAGUGACCAACGGGGCAGUCAAUCCGAAGGAAUGCUUGAAAACGGUCAUCAAACGACUCAACCACAGCGAUCCCCAUGUAGUCAUGCAGGCCAUUACGCUUCUGGAUGCUUGCGUGAGUAAUUGUGGAAAGCAAUUCCACCUGGAAGUGGCAUCCAGGGAUUUCGAAACCGACUUUCGCAAACUGCUGCAGAAGAGUCAACCCAAAGUUAAUACGCGACUGAAACUAUGCCUGAAAAAGUGGGCCGAAUCGGAAUUCAAAAGCGACCCACAGCUAAACCUGAUCCCGUCGCUGUACGGGAAGCUACGUGCCGAAGGGUACGACUUCAGUGAUCCCUCGGUGACGCCCAAGCGCGAGGUCCCGCUGAGUAAGGAUCCAAACGUGGUAUCUAGUCAACAGGAGGAAGAAGAUAUUGCCAAGGCGAUCGAACUAUCGCUGAAGGAAACCAAGAGCUCGGCGGGCGGCAGCAAUCAGUCGCCGAAGAUGUCCUCCGGGGGAGGUGCUGCCGCAUCGAGCUCUAUCUACCCGUCGUUGCUGUCGUCCUCGGCACCGGUUGUAGAACCGAGAAAAGUUCGUGCUCUGUAUGACUUUGAGGCAGCUGAAGAUAACGAACUAACGUUCCACACGGGGGAAAUCAUCAUGGUGUUGGACGACAGCGACCCAAACUGGUGGAAAGGACAGAACCAACGUGGGGAGGGAUUAUUUCCAUCUAACUUUGUUACGUCAGAUCUGAAUGCGGAACCGGAGGGAACUACCAAGAGCAAGAAAAAUGUACAAUUUUCCGAUGAGCAGAAAAAGGACGAAGAGGAGAAAGUGAGGGAGCAGGUAGUGGAAAUUGAUGAGGAGAAAAUUGAUCGACUGUUGCACUUGUUGCAUGAAGCAGAUCCAGAGGACCCUUCAGCGGACACCGAUGAGAUGCUACAGCUGGAGCAAAUGGUCAAUCAAAUGGGUCCAUUGAUAGAUACCGAACUGGAGCGAGUUGAUCGAAGGCACGCUCAGUUGACUCAAUUGAGUGCUGAUCUGGUGGAAGCGAUAAACUUAUAUCACACGCUAAUGCGUGAACCGGAUCGCUCGAUGAUGAUGGGACCUCCCGGGUACGGAAUGGGAGGAUAUCCAGGCCAACCUCAAAUGUCCGGAAUGUACAGUAUGCCCGGAAUGUAUGGUCAGAAUAUGCCAGGAAUGUAUCCAGGAAUGGGAGGUAUGCCUGGUGCUAUGCCACCAUAUGGUAUGGGUCAGCUUCGACACGAUAUGGCUCAGAUGGGUGUAAGUGCGGUACCUCAGUUUCCUCCUCCCCAACAAGCAAUGCCUACAAUGUCUCAGAGUGGACCUUCUAGUCUACCACCCCAGCAAAUCCCUACCAGUGGAGCUCCUACUGGUAUGCAUGGCUUAGUGCAACAACCAACAGCUGCAGGACAGCCUCCAAUGCACCAACAUAUGCCCAAUCAACCGGGAACUCAACAACCGCAGGCCACUCAGUCUCAACCUAUGCCAAAUAUGCCAAUGCAGCAACCACCCAGUAGUGCAGCUCCCCAUAUGAUGAACAUGAAUCACAUGCAGUCUCAAUUGCCACCCAAUUUUUCGAAUCCCACAUCGCCCCCUCCGGUAGUUAGUUCAGGUCCCGCAUCUUUGCCUCCACCGCAACAACAGCAGCCUCCACAGAUAUCGAAUCAACCGGUUCCUCGACCACAGAUACCACCACAACAUCAUUCUCUACCAGUUUCCGCCCCUUCCGGAAGCUUUCCCCCAUACGGAGCAGUGCCACAGUCUCAACCAAAUGGACCUGUCCCCCAUUCGCAACCACCAACAGCAACCGCUCCGCCUCCCAUGAACAUGAACCACCAUCCUCAUCCUCAACAGCAGCAAAUGGCACCGGUCCCGCCCUACCAGUCCUUACCACCCUACAUGCAAAUUCCACCCGGAAACGCUCCCGGAGGAUUUCCUCACCAUCAUCACAUGCUGGGCCACAUGAUGCCACCACCCGGAUCGCCCCUUGCCAUCAACACGGCCACCAAUUCGCCGCAGAACAUUCCAAUCUAUCAGCAGCAACGCAAGAAGAAGCCUAACAUUCAAGACUCAACCCCCUCCCCACGAUUCGAACGGUGAUCGCUGGCGGCAUUGAUUUGCGUUUUUCCUUUCGGUUUCGGCAAAGGUAGAUUCUGCGAUAAGGAGUUUGCUUACUCGAGCUGCGUUUUGAUAUACCUUCAUCCUAUGCAUGUUAUAGCGAAUAAAGAAAUGAAAGAGGAAAAUUAUGAUCAUAUAAAACACUAAAUUACUAUGAUUAUAUGAAUAUUAUGUAUUUAAACUGAAGUAAUAUAAAACAAUAUUAAAAUAAUUGAUAGAAUUAUCCAUUCCCGUCAGAUCCAACAGCUAGAUUCUAAAUCUGAAUGUUUCUUUUUGUAAAAUUUAUUUUGAUAGUUUAAUUUUUCUUGUUUCGUUUUUUUAAGUUCAUACACAUUCAGAAAAUUUCGAAGGCGUUUAAUAGUGAUCGAAGUUUUGAUAAGUUUAGUGAAUUACAUAAAUUUUACACAAGUACCGUAAAAACUCCACUCAGCAAUUAGAAUUUCGGUAAAAGUUCCGGAUGAGCCAAAGCGAAUUUUAUGGAAAAUUGUUGAAAAAAGGAAACUAAUCUAGAAUACGGGAGUGGGAUCUGACGGGACCGGUUUACAGAUGGAAGACAAAUACCCGCGCUUAGAAAUGCAGAGGAUGGUCGUAAAACUGCAAUGGUUUAUAAAUGUCAAACGAUCAUCAAUUUGAUUUUGAACGUUAGUUGACUAGAUAUUGACAGAAAAGCGAUCGUAUAACCGGUUCGAAGUCCAAAUUCAAGUUCGAAGGCAUUGCAGUUAUCGAUCAUCUGACGUAUGGUUUGAAUUGAAGGCAAAACGUAAGGCGAACGGGUUUAUAAAAAUGUGUAAUAUAAUGAGAUAAGGUGUACAACCGAGCUGAGAAACCAACAGCGGUUUAAUAAAGAUUAUUCGAUAAUACAUUAAAGUAAAAAAAAAGUUAA